GCCAAUACAGGCAUGUACAGACUUGAAAAUCACUGCGCAAAUCGCAGAAUUAAUAUGGCAGAAUAAGUGAUAAUUUGUCGCACUAUGACAAGAUGUUUAAUAAAUGUUAAUAAUAUUGUUAGAAGGCAUAAGUGAUACGUCUACAAUAAGAUAUACAUGCAAAGCAGUUUUUAAAAGCAAUGUCACUUUUUUACUUUUGUUAACUGAAUCGGGAUAAGAAAAAAACAUAAACAAUGGAACUUGAAGACUCCGGGGGCAUAGGCCAGGAAACUAUUUAUGGCACCCACGAAGAUUCUCGCGUGGUUAUGUCUGAGAAAGUGCAAUCACUUGCUGGAAGUAUCUACGAAGAAUUUAAACGUAUGAUUGCGCGGUAUGAUGAAGAUGUUGUUAAAACUUUAAUGCCACUUCUUGUCAACGUGCUGGAAUGUUUAGACUCUGCCUACCAAGCAAAUCAAGAACAGGAUGUUGAACUAGAGUUGUUGCGUGAAGACAAUGAACAGUUGGUUACCCAGUAUGAAAGAGAGAAAGGGGCAAGAAAAACUGCAGAACAAAAACUGUUGGAAUUUGAAGAUUCUGCUGAAGGAGAGCGUAAAGAAUUAUCUGGCAGACUUGAAUCUCUGGAAAGCAUAGUAAGAAUGUUAGAAUUGAAACAUAAAAAUUCAAUGGAACAUGCAGGCAGAUUGGAAGAAAGAGAACAAGAACUAAAGAAAGAAUAUGCAAAGCUUCAUGACCGUUACACUGAAUUGUUUAAAACCCACAUGGAUUAUAUGGAAAGAACAAAACUAAUGCUAUCUAGUCAGCAACUUGUGAAUGAAAGGGCUGAAGUGGGACGAAUUAAUUCAAAUCAACUUAAUAUGGGCAGAAGUUCAGGACCUGUCUCAUUUGGCUUUGCUUCCUUGGAAGGUGCCGAAGAUGGUGUCGACAGUGUGCCAACCUCACCAGUUAGCAGUAGUCAUUCUUCACCUAGUCUGCAUAACGAAUUGGCUAAUGUUAACAGAGAUGGCAUUCGGACUGUAGAAAGAGGUCAGGAGACUGAUUCGCUCAAUUUAGAAAAUAAAAGCGUGAUAACAUCACCUAUUAGUCCCUCAGAGCAUAAUGUCAACAAUAACUCUGGCAACAACCUCUCUGGAAGGGUACACACCCAUAAAGAACAGAGAAGUGGUAACACUCUGUAUCAGGAACUCAGUUUUCAAGAUGCAGAUGCUUUAGGAGACAUGGAUGAUGGUGCCGAUAUAACAGGUGGUUGGGUUCAUCCAGGAGAAUAUGCAUCUUCAGUGAAUGAUAACUUCUUUGGUAAGAAUUGUUCCAUUGUUUUUGGGUGUGCUUCGUAUCUCAUAAUCACUCACAUUAUAUGUUUCCGUUUUGUUUAUAAGCACCCUUUAUUACUUCUUAAAUUUUGUUUAACCUUGUUUGUUGACCUUUUUGUGUUCUGAGAACUAAUUUGAACUUGG